AAGGAACGUGACACAUUAAAGUGGAAUUUUCUUUUUCCGGCACAAAUUUGAAUACGGUAACGGAUACGGUGUCCUCCUCGGUGCGUGUGUCCGUUAGCGGGGGGAAAAGCAACAACGAGACGACGACAAGAAAGUAACACAACCGCAGUGGACACGGUCGCACUGAGUUGUUUCGGUGGACUUUUUUCAGGGGGAGGAAAAGAGGAAGCAGUUCCGCCCUCACCAGCCGCCGAGAGGCCAAAGAGUAGACCAAAGCAGCAAAGAAGGCAAAAUUUGUCGUCAAAGAUCAAAACUGUAUCGAAACUUUUUAUUUUGUGUCUUCAGUGGACAUUCUUGUCCGUUUCUUUUCGUGUCGGCGGUGUGUGUUUUACGCCGAAAAUGACUUUUAUCUUGCCGAGUAAAAAGUUUUUCUGAUACUACCGUCCGCCUUGAUAUCACUUACUAGCAUUUACUAGCAUCUUAGCAGGCUGUUCACUUAACUAACUAAAUAGUUAGGAGAAAAAAAAACCCUGCAAUGAGCGGAGAAGAGGAAAGAUUCAAGCUGGUGGUGGUGGGAGGUGGAGGAGUGGGAAAGAGUGCUUUGACCAUCCAAUUCAUUCAGUCCUAUUUUGUGUCAGACUACGACCCCACCAUUGAAGACUCCUACACUAAGAUCUGCAAUGUCGAUGGAAAGGACACCCGUCUGGACAUCUUGGAUACAGCAGGACAGGAGGAGUUUGGUGCGAUGAGAGAGCAGUAUAUGCGCUCAGGAGAGGGAUUCUUACUGGUGUUUGCACUCAAUGACCGAGGGAGCUACCAUGAGGUCCAGAAGUUUCACACUCAGAUCCUAAGAGUGAAGGAUCGAGACGACUUCCCCAUGCUGCUCGUUGGAAACAAGGCAGACCUGGAGCAGCAGCGAGUGAUCUCCAGGGAGGAUGCUCAGGCAUUUGCCAGAGAGAAUAAGAUCCACUAUAUGGAGGCCUCAGCUAAGAACCGCUACAAUGUGGAUGAAACCUUUUUGGAGCUGGUGCGAAUUAUCAGAAAGUUUCAAGAAAUGGAGUGCCCUCCCCCUCCGGCGCAUCACGCUGGGAAAAAGAAGAGCAGUGGCUGCCCUUGCGUCCUCCUCUAAGCACUGUUACUAUGGUUAUUAUGGACACCAACGCCUCUGCAGCUUGUCCAAAAAAGCGUUUGUGUGAGACAGUGGGAUAGGGCGAUGGAGAGAUCGGUGCAUCAAUAUUCCACUAAUGGUUUCAUUUGCACUUUUUCCCCAAAGCAAAUCAAAAUAGUUUUAAUUUGGUCUAAAGGACGAGCUUUGAACAGCAGCAGAAAUAGUUUGCUGUGUUGCCAAUGUCAAAUAAUAAGGUACUUGGAGAUAUUGAUGUCAUCACGGUGUACAACAAAUAUGUAUUUGGGGGUCGGGGACAAGGCGGUACGGUGGUGACGUCAUUACAACAGGUACGCUGAUAAACUGAGUCAGUUUAAAAAAAGGUUAAUAACAGGAUAGUGACGGCGACUGUGGCGUGUCCAAUCACAAGACAUCAAUAGGCUGUCAUGUUCCAAGCUGGCCUGUAGGAGGCAACAGCAGCAUGACAACAACAGCAAGCGCAGCAACAGCUUCUGUUUGCAUGUUUGGUAGGGGGGUGCGAUACUGCCAAGUUUGGUAUCAAUCCCAUUGCGGUAUCCUUUUCACUUGACAUUUUGCAAGAUCAUCGAAUGAUUUUUCCUUUAAUUUGUUAAUCAUGAUUAGAAUCAUAACAGUGCAAAGGGUUUCAGCAAACACAAAUGUUUAAUGUUAAUGUAUUUGUGAACAACUUAACAAUGUAAGGUCAUGUAACAAUAUCAACAAAAUAAUUACAAUACUUACAGUUGUUUGAGCAAAAUAAGUAAACAAAAGCAAUAACUAAACAGGUGUUGCUGGGUUGAAACCACGUGACCGUGUGGGAGGUGCAAACAUAUGUCAAUAUGGUUACCAGCUAUUUACCACCAGGUGUGCAGAUAUAUAGUAUAAAUGUUUAGCACCGAAGAUACAGUCCAGAUAUCCAGAAUAAAUAGCUAAAUGUGCUGGAGGAAGAAGAAAUCAUUUUUACAGAAUUAAAAUAUUUUCCCAGUGUCAUUUCAAACUAGGUGGUUUCUCUUUUGUUUUGGGUUGUUUCAACAGCAAAAUAACUUUGAAUCAGCAAUUUUUGCUCAGCUUUCACUUGAAGGUUACGAACACGCUUGUUUGCACCCCAACCCCAAGCUAAGGCCCUGCGAGGUGAUGCCACGUGAAACCCAGCAAUUUGUUCCCAUUUCAAUCUCUUUUUGCCCCUAAACUUCUCCUAUGUCCAAGAACUUACUGUUCUUAACCAAUAUUACAUCACAUAAAUAUAUCCUUGUAACAAUAUUAACUCAGAUAUUACAGAAAAUAACCAUAGAAGAGAAAUAUAGCGAGUAUAGAUACUAUCACGCUGCCCUUGUUUUUGAUACAAUUGACAUUCGGAUGGAUUACCCAUUAUGACAGCCACAAACUGUAAAUUCCAACUAUGACAUGAGACAAUUUGAAACAUAAAAUGCAUGUCGCAUUGAAAUUGUUAUAAUUGUUGCAAUAUUUGUCUCAAAACAACUCCCCGUCGAACAAGGUACUGUGUGCAUGUUCCACACAUUUGAUGCAGAACAUGUGGGUAAUCACGGCCUAAUGUCACUAACUUGCAUGAUAUAUUUUGUAUGUGUGAGGCCUAUAUUCAAAUGUCACCCCAUUCAGCCUAUGCUUGACAGCAAAUACACAAAUAAUUUAUUUUUUAUAUACGGUAGUUGUAAAUACAGUUAAGGGUUCAUGCAUUUCAACAUUUUGAAGGUAAGAUUCUCUAUUCUUGUACAAGCUGGAUUUUAUGAAUUCAUGCAUGGUUUUACAUCAAUUAUUCCUACGUUCUAUUCCAUAACAAAGCUAAAUUGGCUUACAUUAACGUCUUGACCAAAACUCAUAGUAGUUUAUUCAGUAUAACAUUUUGUACAUUUAAGCACUCUAAAAUCAAUCCAAUGUAGGUUAAUUCAUGAUAAGCUUUCUGAACCAAAACAUAUGUUAGCUUUGUUUUUUUUAGGUGACAAAAGGAGUCGUAUUUAAUAAUGCAUCAUUAAUCAUGUAUUUUUUUUUAAAUGCCAAGGAAUGAGUAAGAAAUAAGCAGCUGGCCAAAAAUGCCCUCCGUACAGCACUUUGAACACCAUUACAGCCUUAGGUAAUAAACAGACGUUUAUGUUUAUUAUGCAGUAUUCCUAUAGAAGAUAGAUAUAAUAUAACUUAUGAAUGCAGCCAUACAUUUCAUAUAGAAACCAAAAAUACUGUACACUACUUUUCUACUCCUAAUAUUUUGACUGAAAUGCCGCAAAAGUUGUCUGUAAAGCAAUUUCACCAACCUUUUGUUAGAAACUAUUGAAACAACCAAGUGCAGAAUAAAGUUCCGCUGUGGUGGAAGUUUUGUGACAAACAUGUGAUCAGUUUGUUAUUUUACAACAGUUAUGUUUUCAGUUGUAUUUACAAAAUGAUUUUGUUCUAACAAUAGCAAGAGAGGAGUUCUGAAAAAUAUUUUGGGAGGUUUUUUUUGUUGUUUGUCAAAUCCUAUUUUGUUUUAUUCAUUUGUGACAUGAAUUUGCAUUUAUAUUUUACAAACUGCCAUUCAAAUAUUUACAUUGACUUUAAAAACGUUUUGUGCUUUUCAUUAAAGGUUGUUUGAUAAAACAUUGCAAAA